AAAAAAAAAAAAAAAAAAAAAAAGAAAGAAAAUCUUGAAUUUUAAACGCAAAACACUAUAAUUUAUUAUUUUUUUCUUUUUUCUUUUUAAUAUUUUUCUUUGUCUCCUUUUUUCUUUAAAAAAUAAUAAUAAUAUGGCACCAACGGACAUUAGAAGUUAUGAAACUUAUUUAGUAGCUCGACAAGCAGUAACUAAUGAAGCAGUAAAUCGACUUACACCAACUGAAGAUCAAAAGAUCAUUCUCAUCAUUAUUGGAGUUUAUACAGCAGCAAUUUUAAUUUUAUGGAAUAUGCCAAUAGCCAAGAUUAUUCUAUCACCGUUUAAGUUAUUAACAGUAGGCUUACAUGAAUUUUCGCAUGCAUUUAUGGGGUGUUUAACCUGUGCUAAAAUCGAAUCUAUCGAAAUAGAUCCAGACAAAGGUGGAGUUUACUCGAAUGUCAUAUUUCAAAACAAUAAUACAGUGUGCAACAAUUUUAUUAUACAUAUUACAUAAAUAAGCAGAAAAAUAAAUUAUAAAAAAAAAAUAGGCAAUAAUAAUGCUUAGCAUGAAGUCGCACGUUUAAAUCGCCUACAAAUACUAAACUUUGAUUCAUGAGGAGAAGUUACUUGUUGUGUAGAAUCGGUGACAGUACAAUAAGUGGCUACAAAUUCGCACAAAUAUCCAAGUAUCUUUUGUUGAAGUCUUUCAAAAGAACAUGAUUUGGAACUGUCAUCAUGGCUUGUAUGAUGAUUUUUAUCUUGCUGUUCUGUUGUUGUCAAAGCCUUGUUAGUAUCUGUUGCUGCUGCUGUUGCUGUUGCUGUUGAUGGUUGUGGUGGUGGUGGUGGUGGUGGU